AUGACAUUGAGAGUGACAGUCAUCAUGGAGCAGCUUCAUGGAAUAAAAGGGAUAGACCAUUCAGCCAAGGUGAGUUGGAUUCCGUGUUCCACUCUAAUGGAGAUAUAUAUUGCAAGGUACUCCAGCAGAAAGAUCAAAUGCCACGAAGAAAGAUUCAUACACGUCGGUUUCAAUAAUCCGUAUUCGGACCGUGCGUACUGGUUCACUGUCGACGGGAAGCGUCUAGAGGAGGCAGGUUACGACCACUGGGCACCUAAUGAACCGAACAACGUGGCUGGACUCGAGAACUGCGGCUCCCUCGCUAGGAACGGCGACGGCCUUAACGACUGGCCGUGCAACGAUGGAUUACCGGUCUCUGGAUUUACUAUUCAUGGCCAGUUACUUAGUAAAUUCUUUAUGAUAAAUGCAGGUGCAGUGCUGGCUUCACCAAUCAACAAACAAGUGCUCGCCGCCAUGCAGGAUAUAUUGAAAGACCAGAAUCAUAUGGCGUUCACAGGAAUUCAGUCGCUUACAUCCACAGGCGACUAUUUCUCUAUAGAAGGUAUGUUUUAUUUUUUAUUAUAAGACUGGGUUAACGUUUGGCCACAAUCCUGAUGGUAAGUAAUAUGUGGCCUAAGAAGGCAUAUGCCAACCCAGGAAGCGUCUAUUCAUUCUGACUUUGGAGAGUGCUAGGUUAUACUGAUUGGGUAAUACAUGGUCAGGCAAACAUUCCGAUCCUGAGCUGUUCAAAAAAGAAUCGAACUGGCAUACCGCUUUGUAACUUAAAUGUUAUGAACAGAGUAAUGCAAAAAGUUUUUGCAUUCACAAUGCUAUACUAAUAAAUAUCUUUUUUAAAAAAAUCACCAGACCCAAGUAAAGAUACUUUAAAAAACACCUUUCGCAUACAGGACGACUGUUUCUACCAUUGAGCUACCCGAAACUGAACAGAACUAACGAAUUUCCCAAGUUCUUAUUACCUACUUAUGUAAAUUAUAAAUGAUUUCUAUCUUUUCCAUCCAAAUCCUCUUAAGUUACAGAUUCAAACAAUACAUAUUUUCAGGUAUCCAUCUAAUCCAAAUGCCGGUAGAAUGGCGAGCUGAUGAACCCAACAACUUGGGCGACGAGGAGCACUGUCUGUCCAUGUGGCGUGAUGGCACCAUAGCAGACGUCCGAUGUUCCGACACACGAUCCUUCAUAUGUUAUAAGAAUAAAACUAAGGAUCUGUACAUGAACUCAUGUGGUGUAUCUGAUAAAGGUAAUAAAUAGGGGCGUAUUUACCGUAGGGCCAAAAAUGCCAUGACACGUGGCGGCAUGAAAUGGCAGUUCAACUACAGUUGCCAUAUCUCACGUUUUGUCCUGGGAUCUCAGGACUUUUUGACCCUUCUCAGGUUUACGGUCGGAUUUUGCAAAUCCCAGGAAAGCUCAGGAUUUUUAGAAUUUUUAUUAAAUAACUCUUUAGUUAAAGUUAUACAAACCAAAAUAAUGUUCCUAACUUUGUGAUGUAUACAACGAGUGAGCGAGAUGCUCGAGUUCCAUAGUGUAUAAAAACGAUAAUAAUUUGACUUUUUUAAAUUAUUUAAUACGUUUGCAAGAUAAAAAUGCAAAAAAAAUCAAGAUUUUUUCGUUAUUUCCUUGUUUAAAGAUUUCUAUUCUAUUGCAUGGCGCAUUAGUCUAGAUGUAGACGAAGUCACAUCAGCAAAGCCUAUUCCAGACAACUUCGGCAACCUAGAGGAUUGCGGAUCGGCUUUCUUCCAUAACGACACUAAAGAUGACAUUCAUCUCGCUCUCAACGAUAUUACCUGCAGCAGCAGACUCCCCUUCAUAUGCGAGAUCAACGGACCUAGGAUACCAUUCGCUGAUGACCAUGAUUAA